AUGGCUGACAUCAUUAUAAUUGAUUCUGAUUCUGACACUGAUGCACCACCUCAAAAGAAAUUUAGGGCCAAUCCUCCGAAUAGCUUGACGCCCAAAACCAAGCCGUUUGAAGGGGUCUCUUCGUCGUCGUCUUCGUCGUCAUCUGCGAACGUGUCACCGUCGCCGUCAAUUGUAAGAUCAAAUAUCAGUGAAACUGGUUCUAAUGAAAAUAAAGUUAUAGCUGAACCUCAACGAGUAUGGUACCACCGAAAUGGGGAUGCGAAUGAUAACGGAGCAACUAAAGAUUAUAUUGAUCAAAGCUUUUGUAAUGAUACCAGCGAGAGUGAUGAUGAAACGGUAGAAUCGGGUGUUGAUGAAGUAGACACACAUGUGUCCCAUGGUGCGGAAUUUUUCUACAGAUCUAUUCCACCAAAAGAGAUUGAAGAAACAAGACGAUAUUUGAAAGACAAAGGAAGGUUGCAAUUUCUUCAAAGGUAUUUACCAACUUCAGCCUCCGGCCAGGAUAUAAUAAAGAUUGUUUUAAAGCUCGGGUUUAUACCGAAGCGUGUAAAUUUUGAUAAUAUUGAUUUGCUGGAAUGUGUACAAAUCCUUAAUCGUGCCAUGGAAAAAGUGCGUUCAAAGCGGGACAGGUUAGAUGAUGUAUCUACAUACCAAGAUGCUAUAGACCUAAUCCGUGAAAGCAAGAGAAUAAUAGUCAUAACUGGAGCAGGUAUCUCCACGAGUCUAGGCAUCCCUGAUUUUCGGUCGUCAAAAGGGUUCUAUUCCAUGGUUAAGCAUUUAGGUCUAAGUGAUCCUCAAGAGGUUUUUGAUUUGGAAAUCUUCCAUACUGAUCCGACAUUAUUUUACUCCAUUGCGCAUAUGAUUUUACCCCCGGAACACACGUUUAGUCCGUUACACUCAUUCAUUCAACUACUUCAAUCUAAAAACAAGCUUCUUCGUAAUUACACACAAAACAUUGACAAUAUUGAGAGUUAUGCCGGAGUACGACCGGAAAAUUUGAUUCAAUGCCACGGCUCCUUUGCAGGGGCCACGUGCACCAGCUGUGGACAUAAUGUACCUGGAGAAAGUAUAUUUCCAGAUAUUCGCAAACAAGAACUACCUAGGUGCAAAAAAUGCGAGCCAAAACGUAAAAGGCUACUAAGGGACGAAAACAAAUACGUUGCUGAAAGCUUUGGCGUUUUCAAGCCUGACAUUACAUUCUUUGGGGAAGCAUUGCCACGCAGGUUCCAUGACCACAUAAGAGAAGACAUUAUGAACUGUGAUUUGUUGAUCAGCAUUGGUACUUCCCUAAAAGUGGCUCCCGUUGCCGAUAUAGUUGACAAGAUACCCCACUAUGUGCCACAAAUCUUAAUUAAUAAGGAUCCAAUAGAUCAUUGUAACUUUGACGUGAGUCUAUUAGGCUAUUGUGAUGAGGUUAUUAGCUUUAUUGCCGACAAGUUGGGAGACGACUGGAAGUUACCUCACAAGGAUUAUGAUGAUAUACGAGGUAGAAACGGAGAGAAUUUGGAAAUUGAAUUGGUGGAUACUGGGUUACGAGAGUAUAAAGUGUCGUCUAGGACUCAUAAGACAGAAAACACUCCAGACCCACUGGAGAAAGUGAAUACUGACGGAGCGACAGCAUUCGACCUUCAAAGCGAUGAGCUGAAUGGAAAGGAGCGUCAAUCAUUCAAUUCAGCCCUCAAUAAACACAGGGAUAUCGAAAACAUUGUCGAAGAAGGCAUGAAGGUAGGGGCAGUGCAUUGGAAAGACUCUAUGCUAUACGUUGGCAGUAGCAUCAAAGGAUCAAGUCAGGGAUCCCAAGGUGGAAGUAUCGAGCCACAAACGGGGUCCCGCAGCUCAUUCUCUCAAUAUGAGAUUGAAGAGAAUAUAGCACAUGGUGGUAGCACAGCCUAUACUGAGAUCAGCUUGAGUGACGAUGGUGAUGGGGAUAAUUAG